CGCGGGCGGUAGCGUGAUAGCAGGUGCGGCGCGCCAGUUCCGCGACUCGCGCCGUUCGAAUGUGACGCGCUCUGAGCCAGUCAUGUAGCCUGACUCGCGCGGACUUACGCGUGGAAAUUCUUUGUGUUUGUUGUGAUUUUGUGGUGACGUACAGUUAGACAAAUGGUGGUUUUAGAGGGUGGUGGAGCUCUGCUUGAGCCGGCUCUCGCCCUCGAUGGCGCAGCCGCCGCUUGCCUCGAGCGUGCUUAUGCGCAAGCGGAUGUUUCACUAAAACUUUUACCUAAACGAUAUAUAAACUUGCAUCAGUGGUUAUCACCAGUGACAACAUCGGUUACAGCCGCUGCCGCUGCCGGGAAAGAUCUCAAAUUACAAAUUCGAAAUGUGUCAUUGUUAACUAAUUUAAGUAACGAUUCCUGCCAGCUGUUACGACACACCAGUUCACUGGCGGUCAGAGGUACAAUAUGCAAUCACACGUUGACCAAAAAGCAUCCACGCGACGUUGAUUGUGACAUUGUGUACCGCGGGUGGGCACCGCGCCCCGCCGCCCGUGCCGGGCUGUACGAAGGGCGAAGCGCAUCGUGGCCGCCACCCGCAUUUGUGAUGCAAAUUGUUGCGCCUGCCGCAGCGCCGCGACGGGCUCUGUGCUUCGCGCCUUACCUGCCACAAUCACCGUAA